AUGAGCGAUUCUAGAUUUACCGUAGCUGUCAUUCUUUCCGGUGCAGAUAUUCCAGAUGCUGAAAUAAGUAAGAUGGCAGCAGGUUAUCUUAAAGUUCAAACUCCAGAAGGAAAAUUUCUUUUAAUUAUUUAUUGGAACAAAAUUUUAUAUUUAGAAGAUAUAAAGCUAUCAGCGAGGUUUAAGGUUCUUUAUUUUACUAUUAGAAACACGAAUAUUUUAACAAACAUUUUAGGUAUUACUAAAUUCUCGUAUUGUAUUACAGCAAUUCCAGAAAUUUUCUAUCAAAUCUAUGAAUUUUGCGAGAGCCUUAAUGUUGGUACCACUCAAGAAGAAGAUAAAGAAGACGAAGACGAAGAAAACAAUGAUUCACCGAAAUUUACAGCAAUUGCCGAUCCGUACAAUUACAAAUGUCAAAUUUUGUUUUAUCUACAGUUCGCCGCCCUUAAUGAAGAAGCCUUAAAACUCUUUCGAAUGAGAAUCCAAUUUGAAGAUGAAGAACAGGAAUCUCUUAUUGAUAAAGCUGUCAUAAGCUUAGAUUCAAAGUAUAUUCUAUAUAAAAUGGUCCCGAAAUUACGUUUCAAAGAAAAAAUUUCUGCAAAAGAUUUUAAUCCAAUUGUUCAAAUCAUGGAAUGCUAUCAAAAAUCGCAGCCCGAUGCAAAACCAAUGAUUUCAGCCACAAAAUAUAACAAUUCCGUUGAAAUUUUCGUUUAUUUCGAAGAUUUUUCAUAUCAACAUUUAGAAAGAGCAUGUUAUCAUAUUGGAAAUAACAUUGUCUACUUUGUUCCAAUGCAUAAUAACGAAGACAAAAAGAGGAUUUUCUUAUUAAAGUCCGCAAUUACGAAUUUCAGUGAUAUUUUUGAUAGUCUCUACUCAUAUUGCAAUUUCAAAGUCCUCUCCAUCGAAGAGAACGGCACAUUCCUUUGUGUUACCAUCUCUGCUUCGCAAGAUGACUAUAGAGCGUAUUACAGAAAAAUGGCUGACUUCCGCGGUAACGAUGUCGAUUCAAUUUGCAGCGACACAAAGAAUGAUGCCAAUAAGGAUAGGAAAAUUAAUCCAAUUGUAUCAUUUAUUCGUGAUAAUAACUAUAAUAACCCAGAGUUCGAUCUCCAAGAAUUUAACUUCCUUAAGUUCCCUCCUGGAAAGCACGAAGUUCUUUUCAGGAUGCUCAAGAAGUUUGGUUUGAUUUCUAUUUCGGAAUACGAUCAAAAAAUCAAAGGAUAUCGUUGUUUCUCGUCCUUAUACGAUUUCCGUAAGAUUGUUGAAAAUUUCCCUUCAAAUGUUGUUGAAGUCAGAUCUAAUACACCAAAAGGAUAA